CCUUCGCGUCCCUCCCCGCGCUCCUCCUCUUUCUAGGCAGCCAGAGACUUAGUCCUCGGCAGUCGAGGUUUGGCGCAUGCUGAGCUGCUGCCUCCGCCUUUGCGUCUCCGGCCUCGCGCUCCCGCUGCCCUUCCUGCUGCAGUCGCCUCGGGCCGCGGGACCGAGCGUCCGCCACCUGCUUCUCCAGGGCCUCAACUUCAACUUCCGCCAACCUCGCCUCAUGAAGCCCCACGUCGUGUUCGUGCUGGGCGGGCCCGGCGCCGGCAAGGGCACCCAGUGCUCCCGCAUUGUCCAGAAAUAUGGCUACACACACCUUUCUGCGGGAGACCUUCUUCGUGACGAGAGGAAUAAGCCAGAUUCUCAGUAUGGCGAGCUCAUUGAGAAGUACAUAAGAGAAGGAGAGAUUGUGCCAGUUGAGAUAACCAUCAGCUUGCUAAAAAGGGAAAUGGAUCGAACAAUGGAGACCAAUGCUCAGAAGAAUAAGUUCUUGAUUGAUGGGUUUCCACGAAAUCAGGACAACCUCCAAGGGUGGAACAAGACCAUGGAUGGGAAAGCAGAUGUAGCUUUCAUUCUGUUUUUUGACUGUGAUAAUGAGAUCUGCAUCGAGCGCUGUCUUGAGAGAGGCAAGAGUAGUGGGAGAAGCGAUGACAACCGGGAAAGCCUUGGAAAGAGAAUUCAGACCUAUCUGCAGUGCACUAAGCCUAUUAUUGACCUCUAUGAGGAGAUGGGGAAAGUCAGGAAGGUAGACGCCUCUAAAUCCGUUGAUGAGGUGUUUGGAGACGUCUUGAAGAUUUUUGACAAAGAAGGCUAAUUUCACUUCACAGAUCAUGCUUGACCCUUGCUUCAAUAGCUGCUACUACAGUCCCUUUGUUUAAAGAAGUUUUAAUCUUUUUGUCAUUAUGUCUGGAUGGAUGACUGGAAAAUAGAUAGUAAUUAAGUGGAAAAAUUUUUUUUUUACAAUGCUCUUUGUACAUGACUCUAGUAGACAAUAACUUCAGGGCCUUGCUUAGUAGUAAUCAAGGCUUGCACCCAGCAAGGAAAGCUCUCAGCAGGCUCCUCAUUAAGAGCUCACCUCUCCCCUGUCUUCCUUUCCCUCCUCCUCUCCCUCCCUCCUCUCCUUUCCCACUCUUGCCUCCAGGAGCCAGGCUUGCUCUUCAUGUUCAGAACCACUCUGUAGCGACAGGACGGUCCCUAAUUGCUUUUUCCAAGCAACAAGUUAAAAAGCAGUUGCCACCUGCUAUGGAUCCGUGGACCAAAUGUCAGGAAUCUUUUCAUGGAGUCACUGUUUGCUCAGUUUAUUUAUUUUAUUUUUUUGGUAAAUGAAUUGAGAAAACAAGGACCUGGGGUUGUUUUCAUGUUUCUUAUUUAACUGACCAUAAGAAAUCUGGUUCUCUUUACCUCUUAGCAGUGAGUAGUGGGAGAGAGGGUCAUGCUUGGGGUUCCUGGACUUCAGGUCGUCUUGAUUCAGUCAUAACCUAAGGCUUUUGUGGUGGUGGUAGGGGAAACUGGUCUCUUCAGACUGACUCAGCCUACCUCCUCUUGGUGCAAUGGAACAUCGGCAGAAUUGCUUGCCAGUGACUCCUGCUGGGAAUAAGGGAAAAGGAGAUUUUUCAACAGUUUGAUUUUUUAGAACACUUAAAGAGAUUUGGGAUCUUCAGGAUGAUAAUAAAGACUGAUAUCAGUUAAGGGGGGAAAUUCUCUCAAAGGUGAAAUUUUAAAUUUGUUAUGUUUUCUUGGUAGGUUCAUUUUUUUCAUAGUUAAUUGUUUUAAAGGAUUUUUUCCAAUAAUUGCACUUUUGUUUGUUCAAGGAAACAAAUAAAUACAUCUUACAGGUA